UCUAGCUAAUUUAAUCUUUUUUUCCUUCGAUAUUCUCUUCUUCGUGUCACGGUUAUCGCAUGGCAUUGCAAAAUGAGGCAGUGAUCUCAAUAAAGGCGAUCCAUCUGCGCAUAUCCAUCGAGUGUGUGUGUGUGUGUGUGUGUGUGUGUGUGUGUGUGUGUGUGUAUUUCGAUCGAUGACAAACAAUACGAGUAACGCGCUGGUGGUACGUUUCUUCACGCUUCAUGAAAACGCUGAUAUCUGCACUGAUCGCGGUAUUCAGUAAACUGAAAGAAAUUUACAAAUUUACAAUUAACAACGUAUAUAUUUUUUCAAAGGAAUAAUCUCAAUUACCUCUUCUACAACUUCAUCACGACGCUCUUAAUUCAUUUCGGAUUCAGCGGCGAGAAAUUCAUUGUCAGAUGCGAUUGAACAUUUAUCCCGUACUAUAUCUCGAUUCGAUUCUGUACUCGAUUACAUCGCCAUAUACCGAUAAGAUAGUGCUUAUCGUGCAACUUUUUUAUUAUUCAACCUUCUAUGUUCGUAAUAUUCGCAUCUAAUUAAUGAAUUAAUUUAAGAAUGAAUUUUUCUCGUUCCUUUAUAUUUAUUAAGUAACGCUAUUGGUGAGUUAAAAAGAAAUUUACAAAAUUAAUAAAUUAAUAAAUAAACGUUGCUUGAAAUAAAUCAGCGCCCUGAGAUGAAUUCGUGAAUCUUUUGAAAUCAUUAGACUUUAUUAUGCCUAUAAUUCGAGCAUUGUACGCGAGUAUAAUGGAGUUUGCUUUCAAGAGCAGCGGCGCAAUGAAACCCGCUAUUGAAAAUAAUUAUGAGAUAAUCCCGAUGAUACGAAAAGUUUAUCGCAAAGGAUCUUUUAUCUUUUUAUCUUUCACCUUUGACGAUCGACCCAAUAAGCUGACCUUGGCGAGAGCGAAGAGAAAAAAGUUGUAUUACAUUUUUCAAAAAUAUUAUACACACUAAUUUUCAUUACGUUAUUAUAUUAAAAUGUGGUGUGUGUUUCUACGCUGUAAAGUAAUUCUUAUUUAUUCUUAUUUCUUUACACUACGAAUAAAACACAAUUUUUCUUUUGUCAUCGAUAAUUGAUUUGAAAAUUGAUUUGAAAAUUAAAUGUCAUUUCUUCCUUUUCACCAAUUAAAAUCCGCGACUCUCUUCAUAAUUUUAAUAGAGAGAGCUAGAUGAUCCUAGAUGACUCCCCCCCAUUUUUCUUAAUUAUUCUCAAUUGUUCGAGAUAGAGACGCGUGUUCGAAUAUGCAGCGUUAGAAAUCUAUCGUGAUCGCGCGAUGGCACCGCGUAAAAGUAUAUAAAAAGUGCGACAAUGGAAUUGUUAAUUUUAAAACUGACUCGAUUGGCAGCAUUUGUCUAAAUCGUUUGUCAUAUUUUUGCUAAGUGGCAGCAGAAAUGCAUGUCUAAAUCUAAGGAUCGAGUGUAUUUACAUAAAUUACGAAGACUGCGCGAAAACGCAUUGCACUAAUUCUUAUUUUGACGAACGGUCAGAAAUGGAGAGCCUUCUCGAUGCGCGAAUACGUGACUUCGUCGACAUGUGUUAGACACACGCACACACGCACACACGCGCGAUAAAUGGCUCGGUAACUAUGCAAAUUUAAAUGCAGGAAGAUCCAGAUCCGUUUGUUAAACGCGAUGAAGGCCUCGGCCGCGUUAACCCACGCAAUUUUUCUUAUUUUUAUGCGUCGCGCGUCGCGCGUCGCGCCUCGCGCCUCGCGACUCGCAGAAAACUUCAUCCCUUUCAAAUGUGUCAGAAUACUCAUUGUCAGAAUUAUUUCACUUCGAGUCUUCGUUUCAGAAUAAUUGUCUUUUACAAUCUUCUUCCUUCAUAUUAGUAUAUAUUACACGUUUUGGCUAGAAAAUGACGAAAUAGUGCGAGAAUUUAGCUCCAAAUCUAAUAUCUUUGAACUUGAGAAUGUUGUAGAAGAAAUGAUUAGAAAAGUAAUGAUUGUAGAAAUGCAAGAGAUGAACGAUAAUACAGUUUUGGAAAAGCAGCAAAAAGACAUAAGCAGGAUGCAUAAGCAGGAAGAUCGAGUGAAAGAGAGCUCAUCGGUACAAGACAACGUUAUACGAGUGAUCGAGAACGUAAAAGAAACUAGCGGAGAGUUUCCUCUGAUGGAUGAGACAGUCGUGACGUUUUUACAUGAGAAAAAUCUAGUCUCUGAAACAUUAAUUAAUACUAGUCUUGCGGAUCAACGCGUCAGGCUUCUAAAGACUCGAAAUUUAAGUGACGAUGACAUCAAUUUGCAAGAUUUAUGGCUAAGAUUGACGAAAGUCAAAGUAAAUAGAAGCAGUGAAUCUGUUGAUUCUACAUCUGACGGUUCAUCGUCCAAUGCUAGCGCCCAAUUGUCACCGAAUAGCAUCUAUCUAAAGGAAGUCUUGAGUAAACCUUUGAUUCAAGCUCUUUGUGAAAUUGUGGCGAAAAAACCAGCCGAUCCUGUUGAGUAUCUAGGCCACUGGCUACUUCAUUAUAAAAUUUGUGAGGAACGAGCUAUACAGCAAAGAGAACGUGAGACGAAGCUUCCAAUCAGCAGGGAAAAAUUAGAAUUGCAAAAAAUUGAAGACAAGGAUUUUUUUGUCGAGCGAAAGGAUGAAGAGGAACAUGGCGAAGAUUGGAAUUAUUUCGAUUAUAACGAAUUAUGAUCGAUUGCAACAAUUACUUAUAAAAAGUUCAAUUAACAAAAUAUAAAGAAGCGGAACCUAAAAAUAUAGAAUUUCUAAAAUAUAUAACAGUUUACAUAAUACAAAGUCAAAAUUCAACUAACAAAAAGUAACUGCAUGUAAUUAACAAAAAUAUAAUACUUAAAAAAUGUACAUGCAUGUAUUAUUAUAAGUAUGCGAGUGCGGUGUGUGUAUGCGCUCUUUAUUUUUUGUUUAAUGAACGAAUAAAAAUCGAGAAGAAAAUUUAA